AGCCAAUCAGAUCUGAACGGUGCUCUAAUGCCGCUCGAUUAUUCGAAGUGGAAGAAGAUUGAGGUGUCAGACGAUGAGGACGAUACCCAUCCAAAUAUCCACACACCAUCGCUGUUCAGAUGGCGUCAUCAGGCUAGGCUAGAACGGAUGGCUGAAGCUAAGGAGCAACGCGAGAAGCUCAGUGAAGAGAGACUGAUAAACGAGAGACGUGUCCAGGACAUAGAUGAGAAGCUUAAAUCACUCAGCGUGGAUGAUAAGGAGCGAAUGAAGUUGGAGUUGGAGAUGAACGAAUUGAAGAAACAAGAAGAAGAAUUUCUGAAGAAGGAGAAAGAGUUGGAAGAUAAUGAACAGAAAGCACCGUGGAAUAUCGAUACAAUAGGUCAUGAAAAAUUUAGCAGUUCGCGAGUCAACAAAAUCAGUGACCAAAAAGCCGAACCACCAAAACUCUCCGAGGAAGAGGAGAAUGCUCGGAUGGUUGGUUUCUUUUUCCGGUUAUGA